AUGUUGGUGGUUUCCUCACUGAAUUUUAUGUUACAGAUGGACCCUUAUCAGAUAUCCCCAAAACCAUGGAUAUGUGCGAUAAGUAUCACUAAAGCUGGCUUGGUUGGACAUAUAAGCCAUUCUGGAAUACCUGCGACACAUCUUCUCCUGAUUCUAAUGGAGGAUUCUAUUACAACAAUGGAACUGUAGUUUAUGAAGCAGUUCACAAUGUAGCUAGAACAUAUGCCACAGCAAUUGCAGGUCAAACUAUCCUCUCCUAUUUCAACACAACAUCUGGCGAUUAUACUUUAUAAUACUCAUUGUGCAUAGAAUGUGGAUAAACUGAAAUUAAUUAUAAUUCUCAACACUACUACCCCAAUGGAUUUAAGAUUGAAAUAUCUGGAAAUGCUAAAUAUACAUCUUAAGAAGGAAAAGUAGUUGUUUCCCCUAAUUCAAACUCCAAAAGCAAUGAAAUAAUUACUGUUAAAAUUACAGCAAACUAAUAAUAAUGAAAUAAGAAAUAUUAAAUUUGAUAAAUUGAAAUAAAACUAAUUUAUUAAAUUUAUCUUAAACAUAAAAUUAAAAAAUAAUAAAAAAUAUAUAUUCUUAUAUUUACACUUAAUUCUUAAAUUUUGUUUUAGAAAAUCUUACCAAUUUAUAAAUUAAAAAAAUACUUAUUAAAUUAAUUGA